AUUUGGAUGUUUAUGAUGGCGACUCUCAGCAUGCGAUGACACUGGGGCGGUAUUGUGGAAAUCGUUUACCAGUGAAUCUUGUAUCAUCUGGAUCCAAACUUUUUAUCGCAUUUCAUACAGACGGUAGUGUACAAAGGCGAGGAUUUGUUUUGAAUUAUACAACAACAUUCAGUGAAUUGAAUGGAUUAUGUGAUGUGUAUGUUGGCGAUGUAAUCACAGCUAAAAGUGGUUCUUUGGUUUCAAGUAAGGGUAAAGACUGUACGAAGAUUAUACUCGCUCCUAGUGGCUGGCGAAUAAAGUUCACAAUUUAUCAUGUACGUGAUUAUAAUGCAUCUAUUUCUGUACAUGAUGGUGGAACAACGGUCGGAACAAAAAAAUAUGAAAUUGGUAUAGGGCAAGUUGUCGGCAAAGGUGGUCCCUUGGUGUUUUACACUUCAAGCAAUGCACUUCUGGUCCAUACUAAUACUAGAAGUUUUGCGAAUAGCAGCAAGUUUUAUGCAGAAUUUGAGAUGUUUUCACAGCCAGGAGAAAAAUGUCUUUGCCCUCCGACUGUUAACAGCCGAACAAUUUGUUCAUUUCCAGCGAUAGACAAUACAAGUACUUUUUAUUUCAAUAAUGACAGUCCAAAUGUCUAUAACAAAAAAAGAUGCACUACAUCUUGUAAUGAAGGGUAUGAUUUUGUGAAGCGAUUUUCAUUAGGUAUUCCUAAUGUCGACAGAACCUGCCACUUGGACCCGGACGAACACUCAAAUUGGAUUUCAAAUCCACCAUUCUUUGAUCAGUAUUUCAUCGACCAAAAUUUGAUUACAUGUAACAAACGCAUUCCUGCCACUCAACUUGCAGCGUCCUAUGCUUUCGAGUAUCCUAACUCAACUUGUCAAUACCUUAACUUAUCAUUUAUUGAAAAUGAAGUGUAUCGUUUUCUGGUAAACACUUCAUUCAAUUUUUCAUAUGUUGGGGAAUGUUAUAAACAUGUUAUAGGAAACUGCACAGUGAAACCAGUUGAUGCUUGGUGUGAUUAUUAUAACCAAGUCGUUCUAAAAAUAAAAGACAACGUUAUAUCGGACAAAAACUCAACGAAGACGAGAAAGAUAUUUAAACUUUUGUUUGAUGAUUUUCAAGUUCAUUUUAAGGGCAUGAUUCAACGAAUUGUGGAAAAAAAAUUAAUUGUGAAUAAUUCAACAAAUUUUCAUGUUUGGCGAUAUCGUGAGGUCCACAUCUGGUGCCCUACCAAUUUUGUAAAUGGUAGACUGCAUAAUUGGGAGACGUCUAAAUCUUGUAUUUCCUGUCCGGUGCAUUAUUAUAAGAAUAGAAAUUACUUCCCAUAUAUUUAUGAACAUUGUCGACAGUGCCCCCCGUUCAAACGGCGCUUGCUAAAUGAAUCUACGUGUGUAAAUGGAUCUCAGGCGUAUCCCAAACCUUCAAACGCUAACUGUCAACACACGUGUCCUCUUGGGAAAUACUUCGACAAUAUUUCUGGAAUUUGCGUGUGGUGCGAUUACGGACAAUUCCAAAAUUCUACAACAGUUUUAAACCCAGUCUGCCAAAGUUGCCCGGCCGGGAAAACCACGACUUUCGUCGGGGCGCAAAGCGAAACGGAUUGCAUGGUCAAAUGUCUUAAAGGACAGUUUGCAAAGUUUCCUUCAUGUUUUAAUUGUGACAACGGAUACUACAUGCCAUACGAGGGGAAUCAAUUCAAUAAAUGCUUUCAGUGCCCGCUGGGUAAAACCACGUUAAAAACAGGAGCGGCAAACUUGACUGACUGUGUGCAUGAUAUACUGUUAUACUGUCAUCAAGGGGAAUAUUUUGAUUUCAACUUCCAUCGUUGCACGCAAUGCCCACUAAAUACGUUCAACGACCAAAAGAAUCAUACAGCAUAUAUUUGCAAGCAAUGUCCCCAAAACAAAAAAACCCGAAACGAAGGAUCGACGAAUGUCUCCCAGUGCAUUUGUAGUCGAGGAGAGUUUCUAAACGUGACGAAUCAAGCGUGUGAAAAGUGUCCCAACAAUACUUAUCAAGAUAGUAUGGGCCAAAAUUCAUGCAAAUCUUGUGCGAGAAACACAUUUACCUUAAAACCCGGUUCAAAGACGUGCAUCAAACGUUGCCAUUUUGGGACGUUUUUCAACAAGUCUGCCGAAAUGUGCCAAGAUUGUCUGGUGGGUUAUUUUCAGAACAUUACAAACCAUACCUUGUCUAGGUGUUUACCAUGUCCACAGGAUUAUUAUGCCAAUAAAAUAGCAAGUAAGACUUGCACUCAAUGCCCUAAUAAACGGAUAACGGCCUCUAACGCAUCAUCUGACGUUUCCGAAUGUCUCAGAAGAUGUGAACCUGGUUUUUAUUUAAACGUGACCCUUGGAAGUUGUGUAGGAUGUCCAAAGGGGUUCUACCAAGGUAGGAAGGAAUAUAGGUACCAUUUCUGCACAAAAUGUCCAAGUGCUAAUAUGACAACUCUUGUAUCAGGUGCGACCUCAAUCGGACAAUGUGUCGAGUAUUGUGCAUCGUCCCCUUGUUACAAUGGAGCUGAAUGUACUAACAUUGAUAAUGAUUUUAUCUGCACUUGUCCUUUGUAUCUUUCCGGGAAGCAAUGUCAGACUAUUCUAGAUAAAAACAAUACGGACCUAAUGGUGAUAUCAAUCAAAUUUUCAAGCUUAAACUGGAAUAGUAAUCUAAGUAACCCCAAUACCAGAGAUUUCAUAGAAUUGGAAAAACAGAUUGGAAACUACGUGGUGGACAUAUUUAGGAAUGACUCAACUUUCCGCACAGUCAAGAUCAAGAGGUUCAUGCCAGGAAGUGUCGUAGCUUUUCUUGAAAUAAAUUAUGUAGCUGGCGUUGUUUUUAAUAACCCACUGGACACCUUGGCAAUUGCUGUUGUUGAUGGCAAAUUUGGUGAAUUAACAGUCGAUCCCUUCUCGUUAAACCUUCGUAAUUACACAUGUGGUACCUCUUUAGGGAUGGAGAACGGGCGUAUUCCUGAUGGUGCAAUUACCUCAGGAGUCAAACAUAAUUACCAUCCUUUAACGAAUGCUCGUUUGAAUCACAGAGGUCCAGGUUGGGCUCCACAGCCUGGCCGUUUGGAAGACGCAUAUCUUCAGGUAGAUUUUGGCUUGAUUGUGGAAUUAACGGGCAUUGCAACGCAAGGAUCGUCUUACGGUGGUGGUAGAUGGUUACCAGGUAGCUGGUUACAAGCAUAUCAGCUCAAUUAUAGUACUAAUGGCAGUGUAUGGCAGAGAUAUAAGGCAAGAACAAACGUAGCUGUGGUUUUUAUUGCAAACGUGGAUGUAAAUACCACCGUUCGCAACGACCUAGAAUACCCAGUAAGGACAAGAUACGUGAGAAUUUUACUCUUUACAGUGUUCAAUGCUAUCAGUUAUCGCUGUGAGUUUUAUGGUUGUCCUAUACCAAAAUAUGGCGUUUCGCCAACGGUCGUGCCCCGAAGUACUGAUGUCCUGAAACCAAGCAGCGUACUGGGCCCAACAAUUUCAACGGCACAUCGUCCGACACAUCUGAAAAGUAGCUAUAUAACACCAACACCGUCCAAAGCCUCUUCCUCGAUUGCAACGCCAAGUACUUCUAUGACUCCAGUCCCAGUUUACUUAAAUGUGACGCCGGUGAAUCCAAAAGUCGUUGAAAACAGUAUUGUUAUCUUCUCUUGUGAUUGUGGUGGAUGUAACUUACGGCCAUUUUGGUUAAAAGACAGUCUGCCAAUUCAUUUCAACCAAUCAGAAACGCCCUACAGUUUGUUGCCAAAUGGGAGUUUGGUCAUCAAUGCUUCCAGACAUACUGCCGGAAACUACAGUUGCGGAAUAAAAACUUCCUUUCGGGGCUGGAUGUACAGAAGUGUUGAGCUAGACGUAUGGUAUUUAAAUGCUUUUCAUGUAACUGGUGAUAAAAAUCCUUAUCGAGGGGAAAACAUCAGCCUGAGUUGUCAAGGAGAUGGGAAUCCUUAUCCUUCGUUCACCUGGUACUUCAAUGAUCAACCACUUGAGCAAAAUUCCCGAAUAUUACUGGAGAAAAGCAAGUUAAAUAUUUUCAAUGCAACGAUGAAUGAUAAUGGGGAAUACACAUGUGUCGCUAACAACUCCGCCGGCAGUGUCCGACGUACACUUGUCGUUGCAGUGAAAGAUAUUCCGUUAGUAAAAAUAUCAACAAACUUGCCCAAAUAUAUUCUUGUGGAUAAAUAUAUUCUGUUCGCUUGCCAUUCUGAGAAUUGGAAUUUUACUCAUCGUCUUUGGAAGAUCGAACUUGUUAAAGACGGAAUACCAAUAAUUACCAAACUGCCAUUUCCUGCAAGAGAAAGUGACACAGGAAAAUACCAGUGCAAAGCAACUAUUGGUGCAGCAUCACGCUUCUCUACCCCCUUCUUCCUAAUAGUCGGCACUCCUUCUAGACCCGUCGUUUUGAAAGGAGACCCGGAAACAAGUGCAACAGGAAUCAGACUUUCAUGGCAUCCUAUCUCUAAGACGUUUUGGAAUGGAGAGGAAGUAUCCUUCGAAGUAAAUGUGUUUUCUGUGAGUCGUAUCUUGCAGAAAUCACAUACAACGAAAACAACCAGUGCAAUUAUCUCUGGUCUACGUCCUGACACAACAUAUAUUAUCCAUAUCACCGGGAUUACCGUUUUUGGCCGGUUUCAAAAUAGCACCGUCACCUCGGUGAAUACAAAAGAAAAUAAAAACAUUAUAAAAUACCAGCUACACGUACGAUUGAGAGAUUAUGAAUUUUCAAACAAGUUGUUGGAUGAAACUUCUAGUCAGUACAAGAAGUUGAAAUCGAAAAUGGAAAAAUCGCUUAAGGAUAUCUUUGGAAGAUCAAAAAUUCGUUUUUGGUUUAUAGUUUCAACUGUUUCCAAUUUUAAAAAGGGAAGUGUUGUGGUAGUGAUUGUUGUCUCAUUGAGCAGUCAAUUUAAGGAAGAUCCAUCCGAACUUGUAAGCGAGUUAAACAAAGCUGACGCAAUCGCAGAGUACAAAUUUGACAAGUCAUACACAAGACAAGAAGAUUUUGAUGAAUGUGCGAAUUCAGGUUCCAAUACCUGUCAUGAAUACGCACAUUGUGAAAAUGUUCCUGGAACUUAUAUUUGUAACUGCUUCGAGGGUUUCUUUGGUGACGGAGAAAAAUGUCAAGGCCCUCCGCAAAUUAGAUCAAAGUCAUCAAAUAUUACCCAGUUUGUUGAAACAAACGUCACCCUUGUUUGCACGGUGUUUGCCAAUCCUGAUCCCACCAUUUCUUGGAAACGUGCUGAUCGCGAUGGGAAGUUCACAGAAAUAAAAAAGACACGGAACAAGUAUGAUGGAAAUUAUUCCAUUUCAAAUGCGGGUUUAGAGGAUUCAGGAACAUAUUUAUGUUAUGCGUCGAACGAGCUUGGUCAUGACUCUUACACAACAACUGUAAUAAUCAAACCAGUCAUUGUUGAUAUCGAUGUGGAGAUAAAGCUUUCUAACAAGACAUUCAAAGAAGAACUGAAGAAUAAGUCUUCUCCUGCUUAUAAAGAAUUAGAGGAAGACGUUUAUGAUGAGCUUUAUAAUUUUUUCAAUAACACUCCUGGAUUCGAAGACAUAGAAAUUCUUGGAUUCGUCAACGGAAGUAUCAAGGUAAUAUUUCGAGUCAUUGUCAAAGUUCUAAAACCUUCAAAAGAAUCAAACGAUGUUGUUGCAGUAAAGAUUGGCCGUAAAAUCAACAAGCAAUUAAAGACAGGUCGUAUUGGUAACAUACAAGUUGUUCCCGAUGCGAUAAAACUGAAAGUGCCACCUCCUCCACCAGCCAACGUUACAUCUUCCGAUGUUAAAGAGACAAGAGUUCAUAUUUACUGGGAACCUCCGGAACUUCAUGAGAUGUUUUCUAUCGAGAAAUAUUACAUCACUUAUUUAAAGUAUGGUUCGAAGAUCUGGUCUAAUAACACUAUCAAUGCUGAACAAUUAACCAAUACUCAAUUGGAUAACCUGGAGAGUGAUACGUUCUAUAUUAUAAUAAUAAUUGCUGAGAACGCGUAUGGUCUUGGUAAAGAAAGCAGCAGAAUAGAGAUUAAAACUAAAAAAGUUGAAGUUGUCUCACCGUGGUACUAUGUUGGUCCUAUAAUAGCUGUUGCUUGUGUUGUACUUCUGGUGGCGAUUAUCUUUGUUGUAAGACGUGUUUUACAUAGUCAUGCUUGGAAACCAGUAGAUGAAAAAUUCGAUUUGGGCAAAAAACCAUUUUUCCAAAUGCAAGAACGAAAAAAUCAAAAUGAGAAUACAUAUACAAACGUGUUUGCUUCAAAUGCCCAGAGUAAUUCAACGUCGGCGGAAAUUCUGAGAACUCGGAUUGAAAUAUCAAAUGAAAUCCUAAUUCCUGGAGCUUUUGGCUUCCACGUUGUACGAGGAACGUUUUUAGGGCAUCUGGAAAAGGAAAGAAAGACGUGUUCUGUUAAAAUGCUAAAAGAAAAUGCGAACGAAAAUGACCACCGUUACCUUAUGAAUGAACUGGCCACCAUGUCUGAAAUAGAAGACCAUGAAAAUGUUGUGAAUUUGAUUGGUGCUUGCACAAGUGAAGAUGGUCCUUUACUUUUAGUGCUCGAGUUCUGCUCCCGUGGAACUCUUGAAACCAAUCUUAGAGAUAACGAGAAAAUUGAGCAGUUGUUUUUGAAGAAGACAAAAAUUAAUUUAGCAAAUGAAAUUGCAAAUGGAAUGGCGCAUCUUACAAGUGAAGGGAUUGUUCAUCAGGAUCUUGCAGCCAAAAAUGUACUUUUGACAGAUGAUUUUACUCCAAAAAUUGCCAACUUCGGUCUUCCGCGUGAUCUUUAUGACUCGUAUCACAAAACAACUCAGACAAACUCCUCAAUUCGAUGGUUGGCGAUAGAAUCUUUAACUGAUGGACUGUACACAACAAAAAGUGACGUGUGGUCGUUCGCUGUCUUAAUGUGGGAAAUUGAAACUAACGGCUGCGUUCCAUAUCGAGAACUCGAUGUCGAAAAUUUGGUAAACCAAAUUCAUGGAGGAUACCGUUUGUCAAAACCUGAAGAAACAUCAAAUGAAAUGUAUAAAUUGAUGCUUCAGUGUUGGGAAACCAACCCAGAAGACCGUCCAACAUUCCAUGUAAUUAUCGACAUCUUGGAAGAACAUAUUAAAAACAAUGAGUCUUUCGUUGAUGUACCUCUAAGCAUUAGCACCUGAUCAACGAGAUCUCUGGUGAUAUGUUUUAAUCAUUCAUAUACGUGUUGGCUAAUAAAUUUAAUCCAUGUUAAUUGCUUUUAUGGUAAAAUAAUUACAAAGGUGAUCAUUAAGAAUGUGGCGAUACAUACACUACACAAGGUGAUCAUUAAGAAUGUACUACAGUCGUAUCUUAUAUACGUAAUUUGAUGCUAAUUUGAAAUGUUUUUUACACAAAUUGAAUUGAUGUGGAUAUAUCGAUUUAUUAAAAUAUAAGUAAAACAAAUAUAUAUGUGAACAACUUCACUACUUCAGUACUACAAGUCGAUAUUUGUAGGAUUACUCUAUAUACUAGAUUGACUUUUUAUAAGUAAUUCACUUUAAAAAUUAUUAUAUUAUUACAUAAUUAAUAAUUCAUAUCA